AUGUUUAAUAAUCCUAUACUUGAUCAGGAACGAAUAUAUAUACAAGAUGAUUUAUCAUACAAUUUUGCUAAUCAUAAGGAUACCAUGCAGAUAACUAGAGAUGACGGUUUAGGAGGAAACAUAUUUUGGUCGAUAUUCAACAAGGUACUUUACAAGAUCACCACACUUAUCCUAUCGUACUUUUCACAGCAGCCUCAUGUCAUAGAAUCACCAAAUUGUAAUACCAAUGAAGUGAAAGAAGAACUAACAUCUACCAAAGAUUCAGACAUUGAGAUUCUAGGAGAAAGAGUCAUCUCUCGUAAUUACCACAUCACUAAUGAUUACCAUCUCAUCAACAAUAAUCAUUAUGAACCCCAAAACAGCAUUUUAGAAGAUAGCUUUCGAGAUCAGGUAGGAAACAGCACCAUGGCGACGACGAAGACAACACCGCACGAUAGUACUAGCCUGCUACUACGGGACCUUGCAUUAAAGAGAUUGAGAUCUAGUAGACUGAAACAAAUGCAGAUGCCACAAUAUGGAACUGACUUGUCAAUUGCAUCGCCAAUGUAUUCGGCUCCGUCUCAACAGAAAAUAGAUCACCAACCGAUCCCUCAAACACCUUUGGCCACUUCAUCCAAUGACCAUCCUCAAUUCUUUGAUGUUGAGCCCAAGACCGAGUAUCAACAAUCGAUUUUAAAUUUUUAUGUCCCACCUAGACCAAUCUCCAUCACUUCAUACUCAUUAAUUGAUGAUUUGAUUGCCAACUUUAAAAUUGACCGCAUUUCCGAAACUUACAAACAAGCACAAUCCAAAACUCAAGAUAUUAUCACGGCAAAAAGAUUGGCUUCUAAAGCCAAGAUUGAACCACUAAAUGAUUCACAGUUGGCAAAGGUGAAUCAAGCAUGGAUUGCCAACCCAAGAUCCAUAUGCAUAAAUCAAUAUAGUAUAGACAUAUCCUAUGCUGAUUUACAAACUUUAAAAGAUGGACGUUGGCUUAAUGAUAAUAUUAUCGAUUUCUACUUGAAUCUAGUCAUGAAGCAAAGCCCCAAAGUGUUUAUUUGGACAACUCAUUUUUAUUCCACUUUAGCAUCAAGAGGGUAUAGUGGCGUGGCGCGAUGGGCCAAGCGGAAGAAAGUUGAUUUAUUGGCCAUGGAUAAAGUCAUUGUCCCAGUAAAUAUCAGCAACACGCACUGGGCAUUGGCUGUGGUUGAUAAUCUACAGAAAGCAAUCACGUAUUACGACUCGUUGCGAUUUGGACAAUCGGGUAAUCCCGAAGCAGUGAAAAACUUACAAAUGUAUAUGGACAAUGAGGCGAAACGAUUAGGUCAUGAUGCCAUCAAGUAUAAACCAGUUCCCUACAUUGAAGCACCACAGCAAAAGAAUGGAUCUGAUUGUGGGGUGUUUACAUGUAUUGCUGCUCGAUACUUGGCCCAAAACCUGGAAUUGAAAUACUCCCAAAAUGAUAUGAAAAUGAUUAGACGGCGUAUGACUUUUGAAAUAAUGAGUGAUCAACUAUUCAAAUGA